AUGGAAACUUUAAUGUCAGAUGUCAAAAAACACAAUCAUAAUUAUUUCUUAAAAUAAUUUUAUACAAGUGGCAAAUCAGAAAAUUUAUUUAAAAGUAGAUCAAUAUAAAUUAAACACAAAUAAGUCCAAUUUUUUAAAGCUUACAAAUAUUUAAAAUAUAUAUUUAGUUUAGAAUAAGAGUUGUUUGAAUAUUUAAGUAUUUCAGGCCAAUUUAAAGUACAUCACAACAUCAAAAAUUAAAAUCAAAUGGGAAUUUUUUAACUUCGCGAAUAUUUUCAUUCAAUAUUUGGUAAUUAUAGAGAGUCCCUUUUUUUUUUGUGGCCUAAAGUCAUUUCAUAUUCAGAAUUUCCCUUAGUUUUAAAACUUUUGAUAAAAAUUUUGAGUAAGAAAUUAUGUUCAUUUGUUAUUAGAGAGAGAAUUUAAGAAAUAUAAAAAAACUGCUAUUAGAAAAUCAUGUAAUAUUUAUUUCCAUGA